AUGGCCUUCCUGAUGAUGUACCCCGCCAUAGCUAUUCUCUCACUAUUUGUGUUAAUGGUUAUUAUACUGAUAUUGAGAUUUGGUUCACGUUGGUGUAAGCUUAGGCACACUACAUUUGCAGACAAGGAUGUGUGGAAUGAGGAUGAGGCUUAUGAGCAAAAAGUCUCAUAUGCAUAACAUGUUGGCACAAGUUGUAAUCAUUCUAUUUAUAAUCUAAGAUCUGGCAUUAAAAAUAUAUACCUUCAUCUCAUAUUUAUUAGUAAUAAGAUAUAACUAAUAAAUAAUGUUCACAGAGACAUUAACCAUCCGCAAUAGGCAACCUAUGUGCAAUGUGUCAAUAUAAAUAUUUUCUAUAAUUAAUUUCUUAUCCCAAAUAAAUAACAGAUGAGGGUAUAUAUUUUAUGCCGGAUCUCGUACUAUUAUGUGAGUACAUAAAUGUAUGUAUGGCACCAAUAUAUUGUCUUGUAACUUACGCUUUUGUUUUGACGUGUAAUUUUUCCUUUUUUGAAAAUUUAUAUUUAUAUUUUUAUCUUUACCUAUACAAAUUACCCACCUUGUUUUGGGUACAAAGCCUCUUGAGACACACUUUAUUAAACAUACAGCUAUAGUUUUAAUAUUAAUUAGGUACAAUUGAUUUAAAGUAUUGUUACUUUAUAAUUUUUUAAACAUAGUUUUUAAUUUUGAGCACUUAUUGUAGUUAAGAUUGUCUAAUUGUUUUGUACACUUUUUAAAUUUGCUGAUUUUGCAGUUUAGUGACGUAUAUAGGUAAAUGAAUAUGCAAAUCCGCCUUAAGAAACAAUUCCGUCCAUUAUUUGUAUACUUUUUUUUACCAUUUUUAGAUUGUAAGCUAUUGUUCUAUAUAUAUAUUGUAACUCUUGUUUUUUUUCGCUAUAUAAACUAUUUUAAAAAUCUA